AUGUUUUUAAAAUUGCUUUUGUUUUUCACAAUUAAUAUUUGUUUUAUAUACACAAAAUGUAAUUCAUAUUAUAUAAGAAGAAAAUUUUUUGAAAAUUUAUUUUUCUUAAGUUAUAAUUCAAACAAUUUAAAUAACUUUGAUAUAAAUGGUAGUAAGAAAAUAAAAGCUCUUGGUAAAAAGAGAGACUUUUUUACAAAAUUAAAAAGUAAGGAAUAUAAUGAAAGAUAUCAAAAUGGUAGAAGAAAAUAUAAACAUGUAGAUAAGAAAUUUCCAGCGUGUUUUUUUUUAGCUAAUGAAGGGGAAUUAGAUAAGUUGGAUACACAAUAUGAUGAUCAGAACAGUGGUAAAUGUUUUUAUGUUCCUGUAAAAUAUAAAAAUAAAGGGUGUAGCUUAAAUCGAAACAGCCGAAUUUGUUCAGCAACAUUUGAUAGUAUUUUUAAAGAUAAUUUUAAUGAAAAUGAUAGACUAAAAAAAAGUGAAUUAAUAUCAAUUUUAGCAUGUAUAUGUACAAAUAUAGUAAUUCAAUAUUUAAAAAUCAAAGAAGAAAAAAAAACAGAAAAUUUUGAUUACUCCUUUGAUUAUAGUGUUAUGAACAUAUUGAAGUUGGUAAACUUUGAAUAUGAUGUUAAUGAGGAAAUUACGAAAAAAAAAAAAAAAAAAUAUAAAAAAAAAAAAAAUAAGACAAAUGAUGAGCUUGAAGAUGAUGAAUAUGUAGAAGAAGUAAACAUAGAUAUAGACAAUAAAAAUACAAAAGAAGAAGAUGAAAAAUUAAAUGAGUAUAUUAAAAAAUUAGAAUAUAAUACCAUGGAAUUAAAUGAAAUAGAACCAUAUAUCGAUUUAUUUUUUGGAAAAAAAACUUAUAAAAAUAUUUUUAUAAAACAUAAUAUUGAUAUACAAAAAAUACACAAGGUUUUAAAUGAAGCACUUUUUGAUAAAUGUAAAGAAAAGGAAAAUGUUAUACAACUUCAAAAAUUUGUUGAAGAAGAAGAAAAAACUUUAAAAAAAAAAAAAAUUAAUGUAAGAAAUGCAAAAACAUUUAAUGAUUAUAUGCAUAAUUUUAAUGCUUUAGAAGAGAGACGAAAUAUUGAGGAAGUAGAAAACAUACUUUAUGAUGAUGACGAUAUAAGUGAUCUAAUGGAAAAUGAAACUGUAGAGAAUAAAGAUAAGAAGAAAAAAAAAAAAAAAAAAAGAGAAAACAGCCAAAUUGCAAAAUGGAAGAAGGACAAUAAAUAUGGAGGGAAACUCGAGUUAGACCCCUCAAAUGAUGACGAUGGUGAUGGUGGUGAUUAUGAUGAUGAUGGUGAUGAUGAUGAAAGUUGGGAGGAUGUAAGUGAAACGAAUGAAGAUGAGGAGGAUGAUAGUGAAAGGAAUGAAGAUGAGGAGGAUGAUAGUGAAAGGAAUGAAAAUGAGGAGGAUGAAAAUGGACGGAAUGAUGAUGGAGAGGGCGAGAAAAUAAAUUCACUUUCUUACAUUUUAAUAAAAAAUUGUGAUAAUUUAGAGAAGGAAAAAAAGGAAGAUCAAAAAGAAGAUAAAAGUGAUAUAAUUUUAAUAAAAUUUAUUUAUGAUAAUAAGUAUAAAUGUGAAUUUCGAACGGAUAUAGGUGUUAUAGUAUAUGAUGUGGAAAAUUUGAAAAUUUUGGAAAAUCUGGAAAAUUUGGGGAAAAUAAAAAUGAUAAACACAGGAAAAGAGCCUAAUGAUAAUAUUAUUGAUAGUGAUGAAAAAAAUAAACUAAGUGAGGAUAGUCUAAAGUUUAUAGAAAACAUAAAUUUAUUCGAAUUAUAUUCUCUUCCAUAUAAAAAACGAUAUAAGAAAAAACAGAAAAUAAUAAAAGAAAUAAAUAAAAAAAUAAAUUAUGAUAAUAUAGAAGAAAAAGAUAAAAGGGAAUUAUUAUAUACUUAUUUAAGAAUAUGGGAUAAUGAUUUACAUUUUUAUGAAUUAAAUAAGUUUGAUAUUAAAAUGUUCGAAAAAGAUAAAAAUAAUGACAAAGUUGAUGAAAAAAAAAAAUACAAUUUUCUACAAAAUUAUAAUUAUUCAGAUAAAGAAGAGAUAUUAAUUACAAGUGAUAGAUACAACCAAAUAGUUAGUAGCGAAAAAGAUUUAAAAAAAACAAAUAAAAAUAUUUAUGAUUUAUUAAGUAAUGAUGAAAAUUUCUUUAAUAAUGAUUUUAUUUCAUUUAAUUUAAAUAUAUAUAUAAAUAAUAGAAAAGUAAUAAAUAAUAUUGAUGAUUUAAUAAAUACUUUAAAAUCUUUUGACUGUUAUUUUAGUAAAAAUAUUUUAAAUUAUUUAAUAAAAAUAAAAAAAGAAAACAAGGAGUUUUCAUUUUUAUCUUCUAAAGAAUUUUUAAAUAAUUAUACAUUUGAUGAGAAGGAUGAAUUAUUUAGUGUAAACAAAAUUUUAGACAAAUGUAAAGUCGAGAGUAGAUACAUUAAUUUAUUUGGAAAAGAUGAAGAUGGAAAUAUUAAAAGUAAUAGAAUUUCAAAAUUAUUUGUAUUCCCUAUAACAUCAAAAUGUAGAUUAAAAAAAUAUAGGUUUAUUAAAAAUGUUGAGUCAAAUAUAUUUGAUGCUCGAAAAGGGAUAAAUUUUGGUGGUGAAAAAUGGAGGAAUGGGAUUCCUAUUUACUCAAUCAUUGAUGAUAAUAAAAAAAACAAAAGAAAAAAUAGAGAAAAAAGUCUAGAAGAAAAUAAGAAAAAAAAUGAAAAUAGUUAUCUUACAAAUUUAGUGGAAGAUGAGGAUGAUACAGAUUUUAGUAAAAAAAUAGAUAAAGAGUUGAUAGAUUUUGAAAAUUUUAAUAAUAUUAUAAAAUUAAAAGAUGAAAAUAUAGAAGAUAUUGAAAAGGGGGGGGAAAAUGAAAAUAAAGAAUAUAUUGAAAAGGGGGAAAAAAAUGAAAAUAAAGAAUAUAUUGAAAAGGGGGAAAAAAUUGAAAAACCAAAUGUGGUGGAAAAAAAUUAUUUUAAAAAAAUGAUAGAGAAACAAAAAAAAAUAAACGAUUUUUUGAGUUUAGAGAAUAUGAAGGAAAAUAUAAAAAAGCAUAUUAACAUUGUGGAUUUAGAUGGUGCGAUUAAGCAUUUUACAAAUGAAGAAAGGGAAGGUGGGAAAAGCAGAAAGUUUGAUAACGUCAAUAAUAUUAAUGAAGAAGAAAGAGACGAGUUUAAUUACAAUGAGCCCCCAAAUUUGAAUGAAGGAAUAAGUAAAAUGGAGGAAAUCAAACUUGAUGAAUCUAUAAAGAAACUAUUACAAGAUAAUAAUAUGCACAUGCGUAGAUCAGACAUAAUAGGAACUGAGAAUAAGGCGAAUAUUGAAAAAAAAAAAGAAGAAAAAGAAAAAAUUAAUAAUUUUUUUAAGGAUAUGAAAGCAGAGAUAAAAAUAAGCAAUGAUACAUGUGUCGGUUGUGGUAUAUCAUUUCAAACAAUAGAUAAAAAAAGAUUGGGGUAUUUAAAAAAUCAUAUAUAUGAAAAAGUAAUGACUGAUGAAGAAAAUUCAGAUAAAGAUAGUAUACUAAAAGAGAUAUAUGAAGAAAAUGAAAAAGGGAAAAAUGAAAAUACUGACGACAAGUAUAAACUAGAGUUCGAAGAAAUUAUGAAAUCAACAAAGGAGCACAUUCAAAGGCAAAGUGAAACAAAUGAAGAAGGUGCAAAUAGCACAGAAAUGGAGUAUAUAGAAGAAGAACAAAUGAAGGAUAGUCAAAACGAAAUGGUGGAUAACAAGCCGUAUAUAUGUGAAAGAUGUUUUGAUUUGAAAUAUAAAAAUAGCAUAAAAAAUAACUUAAUAAUUAACUAUAGUAAUAACAAUGAAAUAAGUGCACAUGAUUUUGAAAAAUAUGUUAUAAAUAUUUUUAAAAAGAAAUGCUUUAUUAUAUAUAUAGUUGAUAUUUUAGAUUUAUAUAUAUAUUCAAAUUUACAAAAAUUAUUUAAAAUUUAUAAAAAACUUCAUUCAGAUAAAAAAAAAGUUGAAGGGUUUUAUUUUUGUAUUAAUAAAAUAGAUCUACUAAAGGGGUAUAAAGAAUUUACUGUUAAAACGUAUAUUCAUAAUUUUUUGAAAAGCCAUAAAAUAAAUAUAUUAUUUAAUAAUAUAUUUUUAGUAAGUGCAAAAACUGGUUAUAAUGUGAAAAAAUUAAUUUACACUGCCUAUAUGCGAAGUAAAAAUGCCUUUAUGAAAAAAAAAAAAAAAAAAAAAAAGGAAGACACUGAAGAAGUUGACGAAGAAAAUGAGGAGGGUAUGGAGGAAGAAGAUAAAGAAAUUGGAGACGAUAAUGAAGAAUAUAAAGAAAUUGGAAACCAUAAUGAGGAAUAUAAAGAUUUUAUGAGUGAAUUAUAUGAAAAUGAUGAGAAUAAAAAAAUAUUAGAAGAAUAUGAAAGAAAGACAAGAAAAAAAAAAAAUCCUAAAAAUGUGAAUUUAUAUAUAGUAGGGAAUGCAAAUAGUGGUAAGUCUACACUUAUAAAUUAUUUACUAAAAAGUUUAAAAAAAGAAAAAAAUAUGAAUAAUGGUUUUAACAAUUUUUUAAUCAGUAGCAGUAUUAUACCAGGUACAACAUUAAAAAAUAUAAAAAUAAAAUUAAAUAAUAAUUUAACGAUAAAUGAUACUCCUGGUAUAAUUUCAAAUAAUUCGAUUUUGUCUUAUUUAAAUUUUGAUGAGAUGAAAUAUGUAGUUUGUACAAAAUUAAAAAAAAAAAUUCCUUCAAUUUAUAUUAAUGAAAAUGAUUAUAUAUUUAUUGGUGGAUUAGUAUAUAUUAAUAUUUUAAAUAUAAAAAAAUAUUAUUCUAUAAUGUCAUUUUUUAUGUCUGAUAAAAUUCCAAUUAUAAAAAGAAAAAGAUUUUCAAAAGAUCCAAAAGAAUUUCUGAAGAAGAGAAUCCAAAGUGGAUAUCUUUAUCCACCAUUUACAGUUGACAGAUUUAAUGAAAUUAAUGAUUUUAAAAAAUGUUAUUUUAAUAUAAAUAAUCCAUAUAUAAAUAUAGAUAAUAGUAGUUAUGAUAUUCAUAUUCAAGGGUUGGGGUGUAUUACUUUUUAUUCUUUUCAAAAUCUUGAGUUUGAUUUAUAUACACUGAAAAAUGUUGAUGUUAUUGGAAGACCUUCUUUAAUGCCUUACCACAAAAAAUAUGGAAUGCUUGAUUUUUCAGUAAAAAAGAAAACAUAA